CAGGAUGAUGCACUCGCCCAGGAACACUGCCAAGGGCCCUGCAGCUGCUCACGGACAACAGGGGAAUAGGAGUUGAAGGGACCAAGCCUGCUGAGGUUGGCCUGGACAAAACUGUAAGGACACACACAAAGACAAUCUGCUGUCUAAUACUGGAGCUGUCUGGUCUGGAUCAAUGGGAUACCCAGGUGCAGUGUGCAGAGAUAGAAAGGAGUCUGAGUCUGAGGAAGCUUCGGAGAAGAGGAAGACAAAGAUGCAGAAAACUAUGGGUACAGAUAGGAAAUGUGCUGUAUUUGCAGAGCAGGACUGAGACAAACUCCUGCAUUCUGCUGUCAGUUCUACGAAUGACUGCCUGUGCUCAGGUAAAGAAAUGGCUUUUUCAAACCUCAGUUUUUCCAUCUGACAAAAAAAGACAAGAGUGAUCUCACUAACAGGAGAGUAAACGAAAACAGGGAGGGCUGGGAUUUUAUCUGAUCAUUGUGGGCUCUUGGGAUUAAUGGGCCAAGACUUGACCUUUCUAGAGCCUAGAAGAGAGAGUUCUGAGCCAGAAAAAAGGAGAAAUGAGAAAAAUACAGCAAUGUUCAGAAGGUCAAAAUGGCAAAACUUUUGUGUUCUGGUAUCUGUGUACUGAAACCAGUUAAGGGGAAACCAGAGAAGCCUAGAAACUAGAAGAAGUGAUAAAACAAGAGGACCAACAGGAAAUCAUAAAAGAAUGUCCCAGGAAACAGCAUGUUUGAUCCGAAAGAAGAACAAAAACCCUGAAGAAUGAAAUGUAAUGUAAAGAUAAUGAUUUUUUCAAGUGUUAGGACAGAAAUAAAAUAUAUAUACUCCGGAUAAUCUCUCUCAUGUGAAGUGUACCUCAGAAACUUUACAGUCACAAGAAAAAACCCAACUGGUCUUUUCUCUGACAUCAAUCUCUGCCCACUUUUACCUCUUAACAGUGGCUUGAAAAAACUGACCCUGUACUCAUUAGACAGGUUUGCUUUUAUCCUUGGUAAGCUCUAAAGAAAUGAGAGAUUUUAAAAGAUAAGGACCUAGCUCUAGAAGUAUCAUAAAAACCCCGAGCAAUUAAGCCCUGAGUGUACAUGCUUUCUUCAGCACCUUUUGCCAGGCUCCAGCUUGUCGCUGAGUCAGGUGACAGACGGUCAUAUGGUGUCACCCAGAGGCAACACUUCUUACAAGGGAGGUUGCUCAACUUGAGCAAGGGUUCAGGCUUGGUUAGCAGAACAGCUUUUGUUUGCACAUCUUGGUUUGUUUUUCUUUCUCAAGCAAGAGAAGGAAAAGACUUCCAACUUGCAGAAGCUGUAUAAGAGUGAAGUAUGUUUGGAAAGGAAACACUGAGGAUAGUUAAAGGAUCUGUGUUUGAGCCAAUGCUGGAAGUUUUGUUGAUGAAGUAAAUGUCAAAGAAGGGAUGUAAUCUGAACUGUGACAAGCUGGGUUCUUACUGGGAAGCCCUAGAAGGGGAGAAACAAGGAAAAAUGUAUGGGGAUUGUUAGUUUGCCCCAUCUGUAUAGUCAGCUUAACUGAGCUCAGAUAAAAUAACUGAAGUGGUGCAGAGCCUGUAGUGGGACAAGGGGCCUUGGCUGCCUGCUGUCCAUCUGAAUCUGCCUUUCAUCUGGACAUCUGUUCAUGUUCAAAUUGACUCAGUACCAGUUGAUUAUUAGCAGAGCUACUUGGGAGGAUUUUUGAUUUCCUUACUUUUUUUAAUCUUUUAUAAUUUUGUCUGUGCUUAGUACACGGUUCCACAAUGGCUGUGUAACUUCUUCCAAAAGAAACCUACCAGUUUCUCAAGAACUAUUAUAAAGUGUGAGGACAUCCUAAUGAGAGAGAAGGGAAUUAAUGGCUUUGGGCAACUGUCAAUACUUUACAGUUGAAAGGAAAUGAGAGGGUCAUUGCUGGCUAGAAAGUACUACUAUCUACAGGCUCUGGUAAGAUUGUACCUCAAGUGCACUGGGGAGGGCAGGGCCAACAUGGGCUGCAUUCUUGUGAGCUAUUGUAACAGGAAAAAAAAAUAAAUCUCACGAGCUCGAGUAAGAAACAAAUACCAGCUGCAACAAACAUUGCUGUUUAGUUCCCUGGCCUUCAGAGUGGGCGGCUCGAACACUCUCACAACUCUGGCUGGAUUUGCCUUUGCACCUUCGCACCCCGCGGCCAGACUCAGCACAGAGCCUGCGCUUGCGUCCUUCUUCUUCUUGCAGUGGGAACGGGCUAAGGAACGAAAGCACUUGGAGACGAGUCCCGGCGCCGGCGUUUCCCUUCCCAAAGGAGCCACCCGCAGCCCUAGCCCGCGCGGCGGCCCGGGCCCUCCACGGGGCGGCCGAGAGCGCCGCUCGCCGAGCCCGGGGGCUGGCACUGACCUCCUGCCGCCGGUACUUCCUGACUUUCAGUAGUAGAGAGAAGUUAAGGACUUUGAAGAUAGAUGCCUGUGGCCCCUUGCUUGGCAGAAACAAUGCUGCAGCGAUGAGAUUAUACUGAGCCCUUCCUGUGUGGCUUCCAUGGGUCCCACUCAACUCAGCACACAGGAUCAUGGGAAGAGGGUGGCAAGUGUAUUUGAAAUGGAGGAGGAAGGGCUUGCACUCUUCCCUGGCUCAGAGAACCCCCCUGAGCAUGCAGAAAAUCCCCCCUUGAAGCGGAAGAAGGGCCCAGCUCCUAAGAUGCUGGGAAAUGAGGUGUGCAGUGUGUGUGGGGACAAGGCCUCCGGCUUCCACUACAACGUGCUGAGCUGCGAAGGCUGCAAGGGCUUCUUCCGCCGCAGCGUCAUCAAGGGCGCGCAGUACGUCUGCAAGAACGGCGGCAAGUGCGAGAUGGACAUGUACAUGCGCCGCAAGUGCCAGGAGUGCCGGCUGCGCAAGUGCCAGGAGGCCGGCAUGCGGGAGCAGUAUGUUCUGUCUGAAGAACAGAUCCGACUGAAGAAACUGAAGAAGCAGGAAGACGAUCAGGCUCGGACAGUUGUGGUGCGUCCAAACCCUCCAAAUCCGCCAAGCCCUUCCCACAAACUGACGCCGGAACAGCUGAGCAUGAUAAAAAAGCUCGUGGCCGCUCAGCAGCAGUGCAACCAGCGCUCCUUCACAGACAGGCUCAAAGUGACGCCAUGGCCCCAGAUUCCUGAUCCAAAUAACCGUGAAGCAAGGCAGCAGCGUUUUGCUCACUUCACAGAACUUGCGAUUAUCUCUGUGCAAGAGAUCGUGGACUUUGCCAAGCAAUUACCUGGCUUCCUGGAGCUCACCAGGGAAGAUCAGAUCGCUUUACUGAAGACAUCUACCAUAGAGGUGAUGUUGUUGGAGACAUCUCGGCGCUACAAUCCAGAGAUUGAGAGCAUCACCUUUCUUAAGGACCUGAGCUAUAAUCGGGAUGACUUCGCCAAAGCAGGUCUGCAGUUUGAGUUCAUUAACCCCAUCUUUGAGUUCUCAAAGGGAAUGAAUGAGCUACAGCUUAAUGAUGCUGAAUAUGCACUUUUAAUUGCCAUCAAUAUUUUCUCUGCAGACCGACCGAAUGUGCAGGACCAGUCCCUGGUGGAGAGGCUGCAGCACACCUAUGUGGAAGCACUUCAUUCUUACAUUUGCAUUAACAGACCAAAUGACCGUUUGAUGUUUCCACGGAUGUUAAUGAAGCUGGUCAGUCUUCGGACACUGAGCAGUGUCCACUCUGAACAGGUGUUUGCCCUUCGGCUGCAGGAUAAGAAACUGCCGCCCCUGCUCUCAGAAAUCUGGGAUGUGCAUGAGUGACUGCAUGCUCCCAGGGUGCUGACAUGCUGACAUAAUGCCAUCUCCCAGCCUUUGCUAAUGAGAAGCCAGCCUCCCCUCUCCAAAGCACUGAACCCUGGGCUGGGCAUGCAGGGAGUGAUGAGCCUGGGGUUUCAGUGUUGUCAUGAGACUAUGCAGGAGGCAGCUGGGCUAGAUCAGAUGGAGGGGUUGGUUUCGAUGUAGUGCCCGUACCCCAAAGGAAUAACAUGAAACAUUCGAAAACGGUAGAAAUGAAGACCUUUCCCCCUGCCCCUCAACUCCUUUUUCUUCAGAGUCUUUCUCUUCUCUAAGCAUAUGCCGAGGGUUUGCCCCAUUGAUCCUCUUCUUGCUGAUUAUGAAAAUGAAUUUGCAGGAACUUGCCAAAAGCUCUCUGUUGAGAGUAACCCAGCUCAAAAGGCUUCUGCAGGGUCCCCAGCGUACCUGGAUCUGAGGAGCUCAGGGAAGUCAGUGUGGAUGUUCUAGGGGUUUCACUGGGUUUCCUAUAAAUAAAAUCUCUUGAAUGUGCUGCCCUUUACAAUGAUUCCAAGAGAAGUAGCUUUUAUUUCUUUAUUAUGAGACUGCAUCUCUAGAGCUGCCCUUUAUUCUGGCCCUCCUUUGGAAAAAGGAUUCCUGUAAUGUGUAGUGCCCUUUGUCUAACAAGGAGGUCCUCUGGGUAGGGAACAUUGUGUAUCAAAAAGAUGUCAGGCAUCAAGUAGUGGAUUUUUUUUAAUGUAAUGCAUCACGGUUUUAUCUCACGGUGGUUCUCAGACAGCUCAAUUUACCUUUGAUUUGCUAACAGCUGGACAACUUUAGUUCAAAACAAAUCAGGGCAUAGAUUUUAUCUUUAGGGGUGGAAUAAAAGGAAGAUAGGUAGGUAGGCCUCAUACCUAGGUAAGGUGGGUGUGGUGGAGGGAUGUAAAAAACUUCCAAGAAUCUGGAGCAUGUGGUAUGUGUUCCAAGGUGGGUGUGAAGAUGUAUCAACCAAGGAGAGAGGACACACUGCAUUUAGUGAAAUAUGUGGGCAUUGCAUAAGCUGUGGGCUGUACAAUUCUCAGAUCACAGGCUGCAGGAAUAUUGGGUGUAAUCAGAUCCACUUGCAUCGUCUUCCUUUUGCCAAAGUCUUUCCAAGGUACUUGCUCAAGGUUUCAGUGGUGAUCACAGGAUUAUGGAGGUCCCUCCUGUAUGAGGAGUGCCAACUCCUUUAGAAGGACACUUGGGUCUUGUAUCCUUUCUUCACUUUGGGCAUUGUGAGAUCCACACUGGAUUUAUGGCCCGAGUUUUAAGUAUCCACAUCCAUAAGUAUUUUAGGAUUUACAGCAAUAUUUUGUCUGAUGAAAGAGAAAUAUACUGUUAUAAAACAGGUUCCUUAUUUUCCAAGAAAAAACAUCUUUUGGCUGAUCUCAGAGAUGUAACCUUAAAUAUCCUGGUAGUUUGGUCUCAUGAGUCUUCUCUGUCGUAGGGGUCUAUGUUUGCUUGCCCGGUGAGCAUCCCAAGAGCAUAGGUUCACAUGGCUCGGGGUUUUUUUGUCUGUCUGUUUUUUGGUUCGUUUGUUGUUUUUUUUUGGCUGUGUAUCUGAGCGCUAUGCCCGUGGUGAGGGUAUCGUGUCCAUUUUGCACUUGAGGUUGGUCCCCUGCCACUGGCCUUCACUCUGCACCUUUGUAAAGCACUUGUAACAAUCUGUAAAAUAAUCUGUUGUUUUUUAUAACUCAUUGCAAUUGCAAAAAUUCUUGUUUAAAUCUGUAUUUUUAACUAAUCUGUUUGAGAAAUGUUAAUGUUUAUAUAAAAGAAUAAAGCCUAAUACAGGAUUUUGACAUUC